UCCAAUCCAUCUCCGCGUCGUCGACUCUUUUCUCUCUCACCCACCAAAGAUCUACCGAACGACGGAGCCAAGACACAACCUUUCCUCGAUCGAUCUCUUUCUCUUGCUGUCAUUGUUGUUGGAGAACAACAUCGAUAAAAAGGGAUGUCGGGAAAAGGCGCGAAAGGAUUGAUGGCUGGGAAAGCCGCAGCUCAAUCCAAAGACAAAGACAAGAAGAAGCCCACCUCUCGUUCUUCUCGCGCCGGCCUUCAGUUCCCUGUGGGACGAAUACACCGCCUUCUGAAAUCAAGGGCCACUGCUCAUGGAAGAGUUGGUGCCACUGCAGCAGUUUACUCUGCAGCAAUCUUGGAGUACCUAACUGCAGAAGUGCUGGAGCUGGCUGGUAAUGCAAGCAAGGAUCUGAAAGUUAAACGUAUAACGCCAAGGCAUUUGCAGCUAGCAAUCCGAGGAGACGAAGAACUUGAUACCCUCAUUAAAGGAACCAUAGCUGGAGGUGGUGUCAUCCCUCACAUCCACAAGUCUCUAAUCAACAAGUCCGCCAAGGACUGAAUGGAAACCCGAAAAGAAAAGGUCAUUCAUUCAUUCAUAUGAUUAGUUUAUUCGGCGCCAUCUGUAUUGUUAAGAUUAUUCCAUUGUGGGAUUCCGGGUUCGGUCUGAUUGUACAUUGUGCUUAAAAACUCGGAUUGAUGAUAGUUAUACAAACUUACCUUCGAUUGGAAUAUUUUGAAUGUUGUAUAUGACAUGAAUGGCUUGCUGCUUGUCCCGUUGAAACACUUCCAUUAAUCUUAAACUGAUCAUCGAAACGAUAAAAAGUCUCAACACAG